AUGAAGAGAUUUAUUCCAGGGUUUACCACGGGGGGUGAUGAAAAGGGAGAAGUGCAGAAACGGACUCCGAAUAAAUUACUGAAGAAAAGGCCACCAGCAGCAGCCGUUGCGGUAGCUACUGGGAGUAGCACUCAAGAAGCAGAGAAGCGAGCUCCAAGAAAACUGCAAAAGAAAAGACCAGCAACGGACCUGCAUAGAUUUAAACUCAUGCUGGACAGUGUAACGCCCAACGAGAAUUCGGAAAACUCUUUGGAAAAGUUUCACGAGGUUGCCAAGGUUAUGCGAGAAUUUUCUGCAAGCGAUGGAUCUUCUUCAAGGUCAGGAGCCCGCAGAGGAUUUAUGAUAUCGUAUAUUGUAGAUGAGAAGCUUAGUGAACCGGCUCGUUGGAUGACCUACUUCAAAACAUUACAGCUUAUAGACUUCCUCCUUCAUGCUGAUCCCUCAGCGUUCAUCAGUACGGUAGAGUUGAUAGUAGAUGCUGCAUCGCAAUUCGCCGAGGUUUUCACGGACUCCUACCAGCAGAUCAGGGUCGGAAACGGGAGGGGGUCCUUGUUGAUUUAUCUUGACAGGGCCAGACGGAGAACCGGCGGCGAGAGCCAUGGCUUCGGAACGGAUUGGCCGAAGAGGGUUCUUGAGAGGCCUGAUCCUCGACAAACAGCCGUGGAAUCUUCCUCCCUCGGGUCGGCCUCACCGGGGAACAACGACCAGGGAACUCAACGAUCUGGAAACAAAGAACCUGCUCGGUGGCCAGUUGGCACCACCGAUAUAGAGGAAGAGUUUCCACAGCAGAUUCAACAGAUUCAAGAGGAAGGGCUUCUUAAAGGGCUUGAUCUCGAUAACAUCGAUCUCAACCGGGAUACUGAGCUCAGCAGCACGAUCACGGAAGCUUAUCGUCGACGGCAGAGUGGGCGAGCACAGAAUGAAAGCGAGAAAGAACCGCUACCCAACGAGGCGCCUGAAUCCAAGAAGAUUACAGAGCAGUCAACAAGGAGUGGCAAGGUAGUUUCCGAUCUUGUUAGAGACUCGAAGCUCGAGACGAUUAUUGCGAGCAACGGAAGUGUUGUCCGGCACAUAUCGUAUGUAUCAAAUCCACGAAUGCGCCAGCGCCGUAUGAAGAAGGAGGAAACAUGGAGGCGGCGAAAAAAGCUUGGAAGCGGCUCCUUUGGUUGCGUUUGGCUCGAGGAGCGCCUUGAUGGAGAUGACACAGGGAGGCUCCGUGCGGUCAAGGAGAUCACCAAGAACCGAGAGGGGAAGAGGAGCGAAAUUGAUUACAACCGUGAACUGGAAGCCAUUGCUAAAUUUUCUCACUCGAAGUCCUUCGGCUGGUACGAGAGUCAGAACACAAUCUUCAUUACAAUGGAGCACAUUGAGAAGGGCGACCUUCAAAGCUACUUGGUACGCCCAUUCCCAGAGGAGGAAGUGAAGCAGAUUGCUUUUCAGCUCUUGGAGGGAUUAGGAUAUAUGCAUGAGAACGGGUUCGCCCACCGGGAUCUGAAGCCCGCUAAUAUUCUCGUGUCUGAACCCUCACCCAACUGGUGGGUUAAGAUCAGUGAUUUCGGGAUUUCCAAAAGAGCUGAGGAGGAAGCCACUGCGUACCGCACGUUUGUUGGGACGAGGGGAUAUCUUGCACCAGAAAUCCUUGGCAUUUAUUCCACAGCUGACAUGGAUAGCAUCAGCUCGAGCCAGACGCUAGACGAUUCCUAUAAUUUAUAUACAGUCUCCGUGGAUCUGUGGGCACUAGGGGCAAUCAUAUACAGGCUGCUCACCAACGAGAUCCUAUUCGGCGACCCUCGUGACUUAGCAAAAUAUGUUACGGCAGGUCACCCAUUUCCUCGCGCGACAGCCUUAGAGCUUGGUGCCAAUGAAGCCUGUGUGGAGUUUCUGGAGAAUAUCAUGGCUCGCUCGCCCAACAGCCGGCCCUCAUCAUCCGAGGCUUUGCGUCACCCAUGGCUGUCUGAGUUGCAAGAACUAGUCGAUACAACAAGUAAUGCAUUGGAAGAGCUAUCUAUUGCUGUUGAGGACUCUCAAACAGAGCAUACCAUUGUUGACACAUCAGUUGCAAGCGCACAGUGGCCCACAAGUUUGGGAUAA